ACCCACAGAGGAAGUGCAAGGUGGUGGCCCGGCUGGGGAGAGGAACUCGCGGCUCCACUCUGGGACACUCCCGCUCAGCUCCCAGCCCGGCAGGCGCCCUGGUUGGAGCCCAGCACAGCAUGGCAGCCACGAGCUUCGUGCAGGAGAUGCGCUCUGUGGGUGAGAGGCUGCUGGUCAAGCUGCAGAGGCUGCCCCAGGCCGACACCGUGGAGCUUGUGGCCUUCUCAAUCAUUGUCAUCUUCACAGGCACCGUCCUGCUGCUGGUGGUGCUAGCCUGCAGCUACUGCUGCGUGCGCUGCUGCUGCCCUGAGCCGAGGGGCAGGAGGGUCCAGGUGCAGCCCGUGAGGCCCCGUGAGGGGCGGUGACGCACUGAGAAGCUGCAGAGGAGACUGCCAGAGCCAUGGCUGGCUGUCAGCCGGGCCCUGCGGACCCCGUCCCUCCAGACGAGGAUCCCCUGGCCUCAGCUUGGCUCUGCCCUGGUGCCUGGAUGCUGACACCAGAGCCUUUUCAAGGAAACAAAGGCAGGUACAGGCACAAAACUAAAGGCUGAGUCAACCACCCGGGGUCCUUGGCCUCCCAGUGUUUUUUAACAAAGCAAAGCUCGGGGAGCAGGCCCUCAGGGCUCAGCAGCCCCACACAAAGAAGAGGAAGCUGGUCAGGGGACGGUGCAACAGCUACCAGAAGCCGAGGAUUCUAGCCCAGGAUUUGCCUGUUUAUUUCCAAGUAAAAGCUGUUCGGAUGUGUGUUUCUGUGAGACCAGACUCCCUGAGGUUGCCUGGGCUGUGCAUCAGGAGGGCAGUGUGCCAGAUUCCAGGGGUGUGGCUCAUGACUGUCCCUUCUGGGCCUCUGCUCUCCCCAUGCCCACGGAAGCCGGAAGAGCGAGUGAGGUGGAGAGCCAUG